CGCGCUUCGGAAAAGAGCUCUCUUCAACUGCGGAUACAAUUUAUACAAAUGCUGUGUUUCCCUUUAUAUUUACGAUUAUAGUCGAGUUCUGAACCCAGCGUCGCUCGUGUUUGCAUCAUAUUAAAAUGCUGUUAAAGGUAUGGGAAGUUUUUCGAGGAAAAGCUCAGAAACUUUACAUUUGCCAACUUUGAAGUGCGACACAACAAGGCAGGGUUUGUGUUUUCAGCUGGGAAGUGACUAUGAAAAAAAGAAGCGCAAACUUCUGCAGGAGCUGCAGCUGGACUACAAACAAUAUGUCAACAAGCAGGAACAUUUUCAAGCAUCUGAUGUGAGAAUAACUUCACAAGGUCCACAUCUUCCCUUCCACAAUCCCCAAACUCCYCUUCCUCACAAGGAGCUCCCUGCCUCCAGGAGAGAUGCUGCCACUCUGACAGAGACGGGGGACGCGGGAGGAAGCGCUUGGAGUCUCGGUCCUCCCAGGCGAAGGAGAUGGCAAAUCCAUAAACCGAGAGAGCUCGGCAGCUCCGAGGAGGAGCUGUGCACAGACGAAGAGCAAGGCUUCGAUUUCAGUCGCCGAAGGAGGCAGGACAAAGAGCCUAAAGAGGAGAGGAGAACACAAAAACACAGAGUGGACAGAGACUUUCAGGACCUAUAUGUGAUGGAGGCUCCUGUUCUUUCUCAUCAGAACAACAAGGAUCUKGUUUUGGAGUCUGACAGUAAACACAUCCCAGACAGCAUGAGGACAGCUACAAGAUCCACACCUGUUACCUACAAAGACAAAGCCGAGUCUGCAACCGGACUCAUGAUUGGAGCAACAGAAGACCAGACAAUCAUUCAACUGAAGAAGGAACAGUACAAGCAGGAACUGCUUCGACAAAUAGCUGAACAACAGAGGAACAAAAUAAAAGAGAAACAACUGGAGCUGAAAUUUGCCGCCACUGGACCCACAGAUCCCGAAAAAGAGCCUGACCGAGUAAAGCAGCUCAGGACUGCGAGACGGGAUGCUCCUCACAGAUCUGCAGCAGAUGCUAAAGAUGCUAAUCCUACACAUGAGUACACACAUUACAGAGCUCCUCGAGGGAAUCCCCAGGUGGACUUCAACACAACGCACAGUCAGCWGCCAGGGAGGACUGUUCUUGGUCCUGGGAUGGGAUUAGAGCAAGAUGUCCCACUGUUUGACUACAUCAGUGAGGAUUAUCAUGGAAACUUCACAAGAAUGCCAGGAGAGGUGGCCCUUCCCAGACUGGCUCCUCCUUUUCCUCCCAUAGUCCCAAACAUGUACAAGACUCCGUAUGAUGCAGCUCAUUACUUACACAGAACCAGGAACCCGUUCGAGAUUCAAGAUAACCUGCAGGGCGGGGAUCAGCAGUUCAGGAAGUCUGAGAUCCUGCCUCCAAUCAGAGCCAAUGAAGGAUCUCCCUUCGCAGCUGAAGGGCUUCACGCAGACACGUCCAAGCAGAGGAGGGAGAGUGUCCUGAGGUACCAAGAAGCACUUAAACAGCAGAUCCAGGAGAGAGAGGAGCAAAAACGAAGAGAGAAGGAGGAGAAGGAGCGACGUGACGCAAAGUCCGAGGCUGAGAUGAUGACCUACGACCCCUGGGGGAGAGGUGGAGGAGGCGCUCCAAUUAAAGACCAACAUGGAAACCUCAUCAGUGAUUUGAAACAAAUGCACAUAAUCAAUGAAAACAAAAUGUUGAGUCCAAGAGGAGCUGGUUCUCCUUUUUCUCAUCAGCUCUCAGGGUCCAGCCAUUCUCCACAGCAGCCCCACACUCAGGACAGGUACAAAAAAGAGCUGCAACAACAAAUGGAAGAGAACAGGAGAAGGCGCGCAGAGGAGCAAGAGAAACUAAGGGUUGCAGCGGAGARGGACGAGAAGCGUCUGGAGGAGGAGAGGGCUCGCCUACUGCAGCAGUACGAGGAGGAGCAAAGGAACCAAAAGCUAAAAUAUGUCCAUAAAGUCCAAAUGCAGCAUACAGAGGAGGUUAAAAGCACUAAAGAGCAAAAUAAAACAGUACCUCAGAGCGCCAAGAAACAAGAGGAGAAAACCUCACAGCUUAYUAAUCAGACAGUGCAGAGACAGUCAUCUCCUCUUUUUCCAACUCUGCAGAGGAAACUUACAAAUCCUGCAGCAUCAAAGCCGGACUCUGUCGAGCGCUCUUUGUCAGCCCCACAUGUCCAGCCCGUGCCGAGAAACAACCCAACACCACGAGGGUCAGAGGGUCAGCAGGAAGUGAUCAAAGAGCUGUCAGCUCUCCGUAAUUUUCUGAAGAAUGAGCAGAGACAGUUGGAGCAGCUGGACCUGGCCGGAAGACAACUCAGAAUAGACGCCUUCGAAGCUGCGAACAAGGAAUCUGUUCAUCCAUUAUCUAGAAGUCCUGCUUCUGCAAACGCUGAAAAACAAAACAAGCAAAUUCAAAAUGGAGACGUUUUGGAUUAUCAACCAAACCAUUAUUACUCUAGGAGGAAACCUGCAGCUUUCAUCCCCAAAAACGCCUCACUGCCGUUUGAGGCGGCUUUCACAGGUGAAGGGCAGAUUAACCUGCAGGAAGGACCCCAGCCCUCAGAGGAGCGAUGGGAAAUGACAGCAUCACAGAGAAAACAGGUGGUUGAAGAUUUCCUGGAUGAAAACAAGCAGAAUGAUCUGCUGGGCAACCGAAGAACCACAAACCGGAACAGGAGACGGGACUUAGGACGUGGUGAUCACAGCAGCAAAACAGGCUCUGCUCUGAGAAGACCUGUCUCUGUGGGAACUGUUGCGACAGAUCUUCGCCCGCGCCGCUCGGAACAUCAGAAAGAUCAAAAUAAAUAAACAACCUCUACACAUGUAGCAGGUUAGAAGCUCCUCCCUGCCUGACACGCCACCUUAUAGUCCCAUGAGCUGGUCUCCACUGGGUGUUCGCUCUGAGCGUGGCACAGAUGCAGUUUCACUAAUGAGAACAAAUAUUUUAMUUACUCGAUACUGAAUAAUACUUUUUUUGGGUGAGUUUCUCCAUCAAAAACACAUCUAAUUAAACAGGACCACUAAUGUAAGGUCCAAAUCUGUAAUCGCAUCAUUAACUUCUCUAUGGUUUGUUUUUUGUUAAGUGAUACUAAAAAAAAAUAAAGGUUCAUAUGUUUCAUUGUUGUCUUGGUUCACCAUGAAUGGAACAGAUAAAAUUCAUAACAGAUUCUUAAAUUCAAAUCAACCAAGUUCAAAAACUUUAUUGAUCUAGAACCUGAUUAGAAUGCCAGAUGAUGUUUUGUACAGAAAGUCGUACAUAAUCUUUUGAAAGAUAGAAAACUUUACAUUGCUGUAUCAUAUACAUUUUGUUUUCUACAUCCAUGAGCAGGAAUGCAUCCCAUUCAUACUUAAAGCACAGCUGACGUUUGUCAUUUUCUCUAUACAUGUAAGCUCCGCCCCCCCUCCCCGCAAAACAAAAAAACAAAAACAAAAUGAACAAAAA